AGUUGCUUUCUGUCCAUGCACUAAGAAAGGAGAGAGGUAAUACAGCCUACCUAGCUGUGGUCACUGCCGAGUUCACACCAGUUCACCGGGUUCACUUGAGGAGAGGUCCCACCCUCUUCUUUUUACAAAGCGCUACGAACGGAGCUAUUAAAAUAAUAUUUUCUAUAUUAAUGUCGGAUUUCAUUUUUCCCUGACCAACAUUCAAGGUGCCCAGUGAACUGCUCAUACACAUCGGUGAGCAUGUGAGAGGAGUGCCAAGAAAAGAGCGCAAACAUGAAGCAACACUGUAAAAUAGCGGCUCGUCCAUGACGCUUAACCUAGAUCAGGAGCUUUCCACUCACCACCAGCCCCCUGUUAUCAUACUGGACAACCAAUCAAUCAAUACAUCUUCUCAUAAUAUCAUAAUGGCUAGCAAGAGGAAAUCAACUGUACCUUGCAUGAUCCCCUCCAAAACCAAACAUGUGCGGGAAGAGAUCGUCCUGGGUUGUCUACCCGAGCUCCUACCCACAAUCCCAGAAGACAGCAUCCUCAGUAUCAGUGGAGAAGCGGCAGGCCAUUUCUGUCAUGACUCCUCUAGACCUAAAGGUGGAGACCGAUGGUAUAAAGGGGGAGCAUACAGUUGUCAACCCUGCUGCUUUGAGUCCAGAGAUCUUAAUUCCUUUUUGGACCAUCUGCAUAACUGCCAUGCAGACUUCAGGGCUCAGCCCAGCUUCUACUGCCUGAACUGUGGAGUGUCAGUGGCUCGAUUUGAGGCCCUAGCUCUGCACAAUGCAAAAGCCCACCCUGGGCUGAUACGGGGAUCUGUCCAUGGUUCCCUUCAUGUCAAAAAGAGGGACCAGAUAACCACAGUGGAGCAAAGCCUGUUCACAGACAACGGGGAUGUCCUUUGUGAAUCUGGGAUCUCCCUUACUAAAACACCUAUAGCAAGGAUGAUGAAGACCAAGGGGGAGCACAAGAAGAUAGUGGUCUCCCACACUGUGGAAGUGCGAAGGAUAGACACUGGGAAGGAGAUUGACCCUAAAAUGUUGACAAAUGUGCCUGAACUCCAGAACGGGGCUCUCAGGGUUACUGAUUCCCCUGCUGUACCGAAGACCUCUGUCACUCAUGUAAUAACAACAACGCCCAGUCAACCUUUUCACAAAAACACUCCCUCUCUCUAUUCUUUGCCCUCUUCUGAUUCCAGCAAGAACCUUCCAAAGGUGAUGAUCCCGCUUAGCAGCAUCCCCACCUAUGAUGCUGCCAUGGACACCAGCAGCUUUCUCAAGACCUCCUUUGGCAAGUUCCCAUACCCAUCCAAAGCCGAGCUCUGCUACUUGACUGUGGUCUCUGAUUUUCCUGAAGAACAGAUUAAACUGUGGUUCACAGCUCAAAGACUGAAGCAAGGUAUCAGCUGGUCCCCCGAAGAGAUAGAGGAGGCCAAAAGAAAGAUGUUCAACACCGUGUUCCAGACAGAAGAACCACAAAAGCAUCCCUCUAAACAAAGACAUGCCAAUCACAUAGUGAGCCAUCACACUAUCACUGCCCAACCUACCCCAGUGGGACCCAACUACCAGAUGGCCAAUCUGCUCCAUGGUAGUGUGCUAGGCAGGCAGACCAGGGUCAUAGCCAGUCAGGCUGGCAUGGCAGGCGGCCAACAGGUCACCAGGGUAUCGUACACUGCUCCUGCCACGCCGCCAACAGUGGUCAGAACAUCACACGCACUGACCAAGAAUAUUGUACCAACACUGGAGACAGACAAGAGUGUUGGCCUGGGGUUAGACAUCGCUGGAGGCAGCAGUUGUGUCGUGAGCACCAGCAACCGUAGUAACAGUAGCAGCAGUAGUUGCAGUAGUAGCAGUAGCAUUAGUAGUUACUUCUCCAGUAGUAGUAACGGUGGAGAACAUGGCACUAGGACAUCUAUGAACAACAGCGGCUUAAGCAACAGCAUAGUCGGUUGCUCAACUGUUGUUAGUAAUACCAAUAAUUGCGGAUCUGACAAUGAAAGCAGACAAAACAGUAACGUUGACAGUAUACCAUCUAUCUUAGAAGGUUUUAGUAGCAACAAAAGUAAAGUGAUCAUAAACACCAGCAAAUCUAACAUCAUAUGUCACAGUAAUACUAGUGUCAGUAACCUGGAUACGUUUCCAUUAACACAGGCUGAUGAUGACAAAACCAACAACUGUAUCCAUCACAAGACCAACAAUGGCAGUGUUAGCGGUGACUAUUCCAGCACUAGCAAUAAUGGUAGCGUCCCUAACCUUAAUCAUGCCAGCAAUGCUCAACAUGACAACACCAGCACCACCGUCAUUACUAAAAACAGCAGCAGCAUAUCUAUAAUAGAGGAGGGCAAAUGUAUUCAGGAGUUUCCCAUAAAGGGUAUGUCAAUUUUACAGCAGCUUAUCAAAAAGGAAGACGAAGUUGAGAUGGACAAGACUAGAACAGGGCUUAAAGUUGACCCGAUCAAGAUAAACCGGAGGAGGCUGAAGGUGAAUGAGUUUGAUAUCACACCUGGCCUGGAGACCACAACCCCAGAGCUCAAACCUGACUGUCCUCAGACCGCCAUGUCCCCCCAGCCAUCCUUCUCAGCCGCAUGGGGAAAUAAGAGCCCCCAGCAGGUGCACCUUCUCAGACAGACGUUCUCCAGCACCCGCUGGCCCAGCAGCCAGCAGUAUGAAGAGCUGAGCGUCAUGACAGGCCUGCCCAAGUCAGAGGUGGUGCGCUGGUUCAGUGAUAGCCGCUACAUCCACAAGAAUGGUCAGCUGCAGUGGCUAGAGAGCUACCAGCGUCCACCAGCAGGCUUAAAAGAGGCCAACAGCUUCACUGACCUGGACCUUGAUGCACUAAAAGACCCCCAGACAGUUCAUAAGAAACUGGCCAAAGAGGAUGUGAGCAAGCAGCUUGACGAAGAGCCUGUUCAGCGAAGCACAGUGCAGAGGGGCGUCUGGCGAGACACAUACACUCCACUGCUGAGUCUCGUGGACUCGGUGGAGACUGGGGACAGAGGGAGGGCUGGACAGACAGUAGAGUCAGGAGCUUUGCAGGAGCACUGGGUGGAGAGCGAGGAUAAGCACCAGCAGCCCGUCACUGGGCAGGCCUUUGUGGAGGCGACCGACGGCAGUCAAGACAGGGAUCGCCUGAGGACAGAGCUGUUGGAAGUGUGACAGUGCGAUCCAAUCAUAUAGUGGGAACAGGACGUUUUCGGCUGGCCAGCUUUGUGGCCAAGGUCUGUGUGUUCAUUAUGACAGCAGAUGUGAUUGUAGCUGAACCGUUGGACCGUCGUCUGGAACUGUGAAUACCCCCAUCUCAUCCCCACCUCUUCCAUCAAGCAUUACUUUUGACAUCCUGAAAUGAAAGAACUUCUCAACUUUGAGUCCUGUGAUGUUAAAGCCUUUCUUCAUGCUUCUUUUUUGGUUGUGUGGGGUGGGUGCACAAUGAGGUCAGUUAGAUGGAUCGGAAAUAGAAAGAGGAUGCACACAGACUGGAUAACUGACUUGAAUUGAGGGAUUAUGUAGAGGGAAGAUACUGUUAGGGAGAGGGAGAUAUACAUACAUAUAUGAUGGAAAAUGCACUAUUGCGGUUUGUUUAUUGACCCGACAGAAAGAAGUGUCAUAUAGAGUUGUUAUUGUUGGCUUUGUGAGACUUUUUUAGCAACCAGUACUUCAGCACUGCCUUGAAUUUUACUAUUUCCUUCAUUUGGUUUUUCAAUUCCAUUUACUCCUCUAUAGUCACUGUAAGUCCAGAUGCAAUCAAUACACGUUUUUAUUCUUCUCUGUAUAAAUGUUAGUGAUCACUUAACAGUUCAGCUACUCACAAGAGACAAUACAUACAAUGCACUAAUGAAGACAGCAAUGCUAAAAUCACACUGCCCGAGUAAAGAUAUUGACAGUUCUGUCAAGAUCAAUACUCUACACUGCCCUGGCUUCAUCUGCAAGCUCAACAGAGAGAGCCUGUCACGCUACCGUUGCCUUACUCUGCUUUGUCCAUGUGUUGAUAUGACAGUCCGCCCUUCACGUCGCUUUUUUAAGCUGAUUUGCUGUUGAGAGCAACAAUGUUUCCAGUGCAUUGAUGGUUAUUGCUGGUCUAUAUCUGUGAAUUUGCUGCUUCUGUACACUUGGAAAAGUUCAACACUUUGCUGUAAUGAAAUUAAAUAUCAUUACUGGAAAAUGUUGUUAAAAUCUAAAUGUUAAUUUGAUCUAAAGCCCUGGACACUGACAGUGCUAGCUAGAGAGCCAAAUGUGGAGAUGUUUCACUCCACUGAAUUUUCAUGUGUUCAUAUAAACGUACAAACGUAGUCACUACAUGAAUCCUACAAAGCUGCAUCUUUGUGAAGCUGCUAAAUAGCUAAGAACGGUGCUAUACCAUCCAAAGUGAAAUUGGAGGUGACCUCCUACCAGCAGUGUAUGCACUUGUCGAAUGUUACCAAUUUAUUUUGGUUUGAGACAAUAAAAUAAAAAGGAAUCUGGACUUACUGUGUUAUGAUCACGUUAACUUUUAUGAAAUAGUUUGAUCAUAAAGCACUGUUGUAUCAUCCUUUCUACACUUCUGAAUCUUUACAGAAUAAACAAAAUAUUCACUGA